AUGCAUAUCCCAUUGUUUGGUCUCGAAAAGAGCUGGUACACUCCCCAGCAAACCGAUCCGGAUGGUCAUAUUUUCACAGCGAAUUCAUGGAUAGACCUAUUUCCUGCCUAUGUGGCUUGCAUCUCUCUCGCAUCCCUCCUGUCUCGCGUUGUGGUCCGGAAGAUCUCGCAUGGAACUCCUACAACUCAGGCAGACUCUUCUGGAUAUGACUCGUCUUUUGCACGUCCGAAGGCCGCCUCUGGUAGAGCAAAUACCGACAAUAUCAAGGUGUUACGACUCGGUUCCACCAUUGCGCUUGUCGCGAUUUCUGCGGUAUCUAUAUUUUGUGGCGUCGGCCUCGCUGGCGGACAGGACGACUGGCUGAGAAGACCUGGUUGGGCGAAGAUACUCUCGUGCAUCACAUACAUAUAUACCCUCUUGCUUUCAAUCGUUGCUAUGAUGACGGGGCAGAGAUCCAGGGACACGGCGUCCACUAACCUGACCAUCAUCCUCGUGGUCGCAUUUUUCGUCUCAGCUUACCACGCCCUGUGGCCCCUUAUGCUCGCUCAGCAUUCCUUAGUACCGUCUCCGGGCGCUUUACAGUGGGGAGAGAUAGUCAUACUAUUUUUCUCAGCCGUCCUUCUACCGCUCCUCUCACCCAGGCAAUAUACCCCUCUCGAUCCGAAAGAGCCUGCACUAGACCCCAAUCCAGAACAGACUGCCUCAAUUUUCUCUCUACUCACCUACCACUUCCUUGACCCGAUCAUCUGGAAGGCCUAUCUCGAUCCGAAGAUCUCUUACGAUGAGCUUCCCCCUCUUGCAGAUUAUGAUAAUGCAAAGCACCUACUGAAGAGAGCUACCCCUCUUAUAGACUCUCUCACUCGUGGUGGAAGGCGCCAUAUUUUCUGGAGUCUUAUGAGAGUAUUUCAGUAUGAAUACGUGGAGAUGACGUCCAUGCUGGUGCUUACGGCUUGUUCUAUGGUUCUCAAUCCUCUGGCUAUCAAGCAACUUCUCUCGUCCCUGGAGAACAACGGGGAAGAUCCCGUGGUUCAACCUUGGGUAUGGAUAGCUGUGCUUUUCCUAGCCCCAACCUGUGCUUCCCUUACACUCGAGCGGUACAUUUUUGUCGGGACUCGCACCUUGGUCCGGAUGGAAUCUGUUCUGACUCAGCUCAUCUAUGAGCACACUCUCCGCAUUCGAGUCCAGGCAGACUCAUCCCAUUCGUUGGAAACUUCCUCCGAACGUUCGUCGGAUGGAAAUUCGAAGGAUAGUAUUCAGGCGCGGAAUAUACAGGGAAGAAUCAACAAUCUCGUCACAACGGACAUGGCCACCAUUGCGCCAGGAAGGGAUUUUCUGACUGUCGUGUUGUGGACACCCGUCCUGGUGGCGUUGAGUGUUUGGUUCCUAUAUGAGGCGUUGGGAUGGAGUGCAUUCGUCGGCGUCGCUGUGAUGUUUAUACUAAUUCCAGUCCCUGGAAACGUCGCGAAGAUGUUGCAGAGUACCCAGCGUGAGGCUAUGAAGAAGACGGAUGCUCGGGUGCAGACAAUCACAGAAACCUUGAACGUUCUCCGAAUGAUCAAGCUCUUUGGGUGGGAGGCUAAGAUGAACAGCCGAAUUUCUGAGAAGCGAGACGAUGAGCUUCACUGGGUCAGGAGAGGACGGUUGCUUUCGCUACUCAGCAGGAGCCUCAACUAUGUCAUUCCUGCAGUGACGAUGAUCGCGGUCUAUACAACUUAUACGGUCGUCAUGAAACAAGAGUUGACAGCGGCCGCUGUCUUCUCGUCUCUGGCUGCAUUCGAUAUUCUCCGGGAGCAACUCAAUGAGGUCUUCUGGAUGACACCGAGAUUGAUUGCCGCCAAGGUGUCUUUGGAUCGAAUAAACGAAUUCUUGCACGAGACGGAUCUCUUGGCAUCUACUCCUGAUAUCCCCACCGGCAGCUCGAUCGAGGACUACAACAAAGAGAAUAUUGGUUUCAACGAAGCCUCAUUCUGUUGGAGAUCUGACCAAAGUACCGACGGCGUCUCUACUCCGAACGGUGGAAGGUUCACGCUUCGCAUUGAGAAUGAGCUGGUAUUCAAGAGAGGUGGAAUCAACCUCGUCACUGGACCAACAGGCUCAGGCAAAACAUCACUUCUCAUGGCUCUGCUUGGUGAGAUGCGCUUUAUUCGUUCCGCCCCAUCGUCCUGGUAUAACCUUCCCCGCGGCGGAGGCAUUGCGUACGCAGCUCAAGAGUCCUGGGUCCAAAAUUUGACGAUAAAAGAAAACAUAGUCUUUGGUUCACCCUACGAAGAAGUCCGCUACAAGCAAGUGAUCCAGCAGUGCGCCUUGGAGCACGAUCUGAAGCUGUUCGAUGCUGGCGACAUGACCGAGGUGGGGGAGAAGGGUCUGACCCUCAGUGGUGGUCAAAAGGCCCGUUUGACUCUAGCUCGCGCUGUUUACUCCAAUGCGGAGAUCCUGCUUCUCGAUGAUGUCUUUGCAGCACUAGACGUCCAUACGGCACGAUGGAUCGUCGAUAAAUGCUUCAGGGGCCCUUUGAUAAGAGGACGUACGGUAUUGCUCGUGACUCACAACGUGGACCUCGUCAAACCUAUUGCCAACUUUGUGGUCACCGUACAUUCAGACGGCACGGUAUCGUCCUAUGAGUCCGUGUUUGAAGCACUGAAGAAAGGUGAGGAUAUCGGGGAGGCUGCAGCAUACACGGACGAACAUAAUGAUAAGGACACGAAACCGAAUUUGGGUCCACUGGAGCAGGCGAGCGCCAAGCCGAAGGAUGGAAAGUUGGUCGAAACGGAGGAGGUAGCCGUAGGACAUGUCAGCUGGGCUGCGCUAAGACUCUAUUUCAAUAGCCUUGGUGGGCAAUGGAACAUAUCGUUCUGGAAUGUCUACAUUAGCACUAUGCUCGCGAUGCACCUGUCCGUCAUGGCUGAAACGUGGUCACUUGGGUACUGGUCGCAACAAUACGAGACCCACCCUUCUUCAGAGGUUAAUGUUACCUACUACCUUUCCAUCUACAUCAUGACAGUACUGGUCACCUUAGUGUUCAUAUUGACCACUAAUGUUCUCUGGGUUUUUGCAUCUCUCCGUGGAUCGAGGUCCAUUCACCGCCGGUUAAUCAAUUCCAUCAUGGGGGCUACCUAUAGAUGGUUAGAUGUGACUCCGAUCUCUCGAGUAAUCACUCGCUGUACUGCUGACAUACAAGCCAUUGACCGGCCCUUACCGGACACAUUUUUUAUACUGCUUACGCUCACAUUAUCUCUCGCGACGAAGCUCGGAAUCGUUGUCUUUCUCACUCCGGUCUUCAUCUUCCCUGGCCUUCUUGUCUUCGUCAUUGGAGGAAUGUGCGGAAGGCUGUACAUUGCGUCUCAACUGGCCGUUAAACGCCAACAGAGUGUCGCUAAAGCGCCAAUUCUCGCACACUUUGGUGGCACAUUGUCUGGUUUGGUUUCUGUACGGGCAUAUGGGGCAGAGACUGCCUUCACGAAGGAGUUGCAGCGAUAUUCCGACCGGCACACGCGUGUAGCUAGGACGUACUAUAUUCUUAAUCGGUGGAUCUCGUUCCGCAUGCAAGUCCUCGGGGCAAUAUUCUCCGCCGGUAUCGCAGCCUACCUCAUGUAUCAUCACAAAAGAGGUGAAACCCAGGCUUCUGACACAGGAUUCUCUAUGAACAUGGCUGCGGGAUUUAGCGCCUUGAUUCUCUGGUGGGUGAGAUCAUUGAACGACUUCGAAGUUCAAGGUAAUAGCGUAGAGCGUAUCUCGCAAUACGUGGCUAUCGAGCAAGAACCGAAGCCCACCAACGACAAUGCUCCACCAGCCCAUUGGCCGUCUAGCGGCGAUCUCAGAGUGGAGAAUAUGUCCGCUCGCUAUUCCGUCGAUGGCCCGGCCGUCCUGAGGGAUAUUUCGUUCCACAUCAAGUCUGGCGAGCGCAUCGGUAUUGUUGGACGGACUGGAAGCGGGAAAAGCUCACUGACAUUGUCGCUCCUUCGAUGCAUCCUGACUGAGGGAGACAUUUAUUACGACGGGCUUCCUACUACCUCCAUCAACCUGGAUACCCUUCGAUCUAGUGUAACGAUCAUCCCACAAGUCCCCGAAUUGUUACGAGGGACGUUGAGAGAAAAUCUAGAUCCCUUCGGUGAACACGAUGACGCCACGCUCAACUCGGCCUUGCGUGCUUCUGGACUUUUUUCACUCCAGGCUGAGGCUGAGGAGGGAGAUGGGCGUCUCACUUUGGAGACGCAAAUAUCGGGUGCGGGUGCCAACCUGUCAAUUGGGCAGAGGCAAAUUCUUGCCCUUGCACGCGCGUUGGUCAGAGGCAGCAAGUUGUUUAUCCUGGAUGAAGCUACUUCGUCCAUUGAUUACAAAACUGACGCUGUGAUUCAAAAGUCCCUCAGAACGGAGCUGCCCGAGGACGUCACUGUGCUCAUAGUCGCCCAUCGUCUGCAGACCAUCAUGGACGCUGAUAGGAUUAUGGUCCUAGAUGCUGGACGUAUUGUUGAGUUCGACACACCCUCCGCCCUGCUACGGGAAAAGGCUAGUAAGUUCCGCGCUAUGGUGGAAGGAAGCGAGGACAGCGCUACACUACACAGUAUCGCCGAGGGAAAGCUCUAGGCCUCUUGAGCGGUGAAACACCUUUCUUGCUUCUUGAUAUGCUUUGUGGCGGAUCAGACCCAACAGCACC